UUUCUACAUUGGUGAUUAUCCUUUUAUUAUAGUUUCUAUUGUUUUAUUUGUGAUGUAAAAAAUGUUUUCUGCUUCGGUGUUCUCAAAGAAGUAGAAGUGAAACGGUGUGAACCAUGUACUUUUGGGACCUAAAGAGGUUAUCUGAGAAACACCAAAGGCUGAAGACUGAACAAACUGAGGUUUAAGAGAAUUGGUUUCAGAUUUAUAAUAAUGUCUGUUCUAAAUCUUUUAGUGGCAUGCAUCUCGUGUAGUAAUUAAGAAAUUUGAGAUGCCAUGGUUUCUUUGUGGCUUGAUAUAUAUUGUUUCAAUCUAUCCGAUGAAAUUUUUUGUUAUAGAGGAUAGACAAACAUGUAUUGACAGAAACAUAUGCAUUAAUUUGCCAUGAAAAAGGAAAAAAAGAAUGUUAUCUUUGCCUGUAUAAAUGCUCAAAGUAGGUAAUCGAUGUGUACUCUGAUAUUCUGAUAGUUGUUGAACAUGUGCAAAUGGUUUGAGGAACACUAAGUAUUUAGUCUUUCCUCUGCACUUUAAUUUUUUUGUCUGCAGACUAUAGUUUAUGCUGUUGGUGUGAAUCUCAUAGGAUUCCAGCGCAAAUUACAUACUUCUUCAAAGCCUCUCUAUUGUGAAUUGAAUGCUGGAUUAAAGAACUGAACAUUUUAUUGUUGCCAAGCUCUACAGUUUCAAUAUUUGGAAAUGAAUUUGCUUUAGAAAAACUUGCCAAGUAGUCACCUCAGACCAUAAAAGUUUGAAACAUGCCUUCAUGGUGGGGAAAGUUAUCAUCCAAAGAAGUGAAGAAGAAAACAAAUAAGGAAAGUCUCAUUGAUACAUUACACCGAAAAUUUAAGAUUUCUUCAGAAGGUAAACCAAACUGUGGGUCAGGAGUAUCACGUAGACAUGGCAAUGACACAAUUUUAGAAAAAAGAUCCCAAUCCUGCGCAGAAUCUAGGUCUCCCUUACCCUCUAAACAGGUUUCUAGGUGUCAAAGUUUUGUUGAAAGGCCUCAUGCUCAGCCACUGCCACUUCCUGAUCAGCAUCCUGCGAUAGUGGGUCGUACAGGCUCUGGAAUCAGUAUAUCAUCAAAAUCAAGGCCAGGAAAAGGCUCCAAGUCAUCAUUAUUUCUGCCUCUUCCACGACCUAGAUGCAUAUGUCAUAGACUAAAUCCUAAUGACAUAGACUAAAUCCUAAUGACAUAGACGGAGAUUACGCUACUGCUUCAGUUUGCAGUGAGAGCUCCACUGAAAGUGACGAUCCCACCAACUCACAUCAUCGUAGUCUGCAAGCAACUGAUUAUGACAAUGGGACUAGAAUUGCUGCAAGCAGCCCUUCUAGCGUGAUGCUCGAGGAUCAAUCCUCUACGGUCAGCCAAAAUAACACAAGAGAGGGUAGAAAACAAGCUAACAUUUCAUUUGGUAAUAAUAUCUCUCCGAAAACUCCUAAAAGAAGACCUUUGAGCAAUCAUGUGGCAAAUAUACAGAUCCCACAUCAUGGUGCUUUCAGCAGCGCUCCUGACAGCUCCAUGUCAAGUCCUUCUAGAAGCCCAAUGAGAGCUUUUGCCACAGAGCAAGUAAUGAACUCUCCUUUCUGGGCAGGAAAGACUUAUACUGAUGUCACUUUGCUUGGAUCUGGCCCUUGCUCCAGUCCUGGAUCAGGUCAGAACUCUGGGCAUAAUUCAAUGGGUGGGGAUAUGUCAGGACAACUAUUUUGGCAACCAAGUAGGGGCAGCCCUGAGUAUUCUCCAAUACCUAGUCCUAGGAUGACCAGUACUGGUCCCAGUUCUAGAAUUCAUAGUGGGGCUGUCACUCCUAUUCAUCCUAGAUCUGCAUGCACAGCUACUGAGUCACAUACUGGUUGGUACGAUUUCCAUUUCUUCUCCUCUCUCGCAUUCAAAUUCAGCAGCGACACCUCCCUCUGUGCCCCGAAGUCCAGGAGGACCAGAGAAUCUUGUAAACCAGGGGUCACGGUGGAAAAAAGGAAAGCUACUGGGUAGAGGCACAUUUGGUCAUGUUUAUGUUGGUUUUAACAGUGAGAGUGGUGAGAUGUGCGCAAUGAAAGAGGUUACCUUAUUUUCUGAUGAUGCCAAGUCAAAAGAAAGUGCUAAGCAGUUGAUGCAGGAAAUUGCUUUAUUGAGCCGCUUACAGCAUCCAAAUAUCGUGCAAUACUAUGGGUCUGAAAAGGUUGAUGACAAACUUUACAUAUACCUUGAGUAAACUGGUGGGUCUAUUUAUAAAAUCCUCCAGGACUAUGGGCAGCUUGGUGAAUUAGCAAUUCACAGUUACACCCAACAGAUCUUGUCUGGGCUUGCCUACCUACAUUCCAAGUCUACUGUCCAUAGAGAUAUUAAAGGAGCUAACAUAUUGGUAGACCCUAAUGGUCGAGUUAAAUUGGCAGACUCUGGGAUGGCAAAGCAUAUUGCAGGUCAGCCCUGUCCACUUUCAUUUAAAGGAAGCCCUUACUGGCUGGCACCUGAGAUUAUAAGAAACCCUAGCUGUUGCAACCUUGCUGUGGAUAUAUGGAGUCUUGGAUGCACUGUUUUGGAAAUGGCUACAACAAAACCUCCUUGGAGUCAAUAUGAAGGGGUUGCGGCUAUGUUCAAGAUUGGUAAUAGCAAGGAACUUCCACCCAUUCCAGAUUACCUCUCAGAUGAAGGAAAAGAUUUUGUGCGUCUGUGUUUGCAACGCAACCCACUAAAUCGUCCUACUGCAGUUCAGCUUUUAGUCCACCCAUUUGUAAAAUAUGCUGCACCUUUGGAAAGGCCUAUUACAGAUGCUGAGCCUUCAGAUCCUACCCCUGGUGUCACAAAUGGGGUGAAAACUCUGGUAUUUUUCAUUUUUAUAUUGCUUUAUUUAGGUUUUGAGAUUGCAUUAUAUUGUUGUAUUCAUUACCUUCAACAGUUAAUUUAG